GGGUGGGCUGUGGCUCCCUGGGCAUCUGCCACUGUCUCCAUGAGGACAUUUUGCCCUCUCACUAAGAAUGCUGCAUCUCUGCCUCCAUCACUCCUACUGCCUUCCUCUAUCACUCUGUCUGUCCCUUGAAGGCCUUCUGCCUCUGGGCCUCUUUCUCCCUGUCCUUGUGGGCAUCCCUCCAUCCUGUCCCUCCAUCUCUUUUGGCCUGACCUGGCCUCCCAUGUUCUGCCCCCCACCCUCAGGUGGGCACCACCGUGAUGAUCAGGGCUCGUGCCUCCGGGGCUCCCUGACCUCACUGCCCCCCUACCUGAGUGACCUGGCCCACCUUGUCCACCUGGAUCUCAGCUUCAACAGCCUUAGGGUGCUGCCAGCCUGUAUCCCCCAGAUGACUGGUCUGGACGCCCUCCUACUCAGCCACAACCUGCUUGAGAGGCUGCCUGAGGCCCUAGGCGCCCUCCGGGCCCUCACCUUCCUCUCAGUCUCCAGCAACUGCUUGAAGGCUUUACCACUGGGCAUGGCCAGGCUGACUGCCCUGCAGCGGCUAGACCUUUCUGAGAACUGCUUGGAGGCGGUGCCAGAAGAGAUGGGGACUCUGAGCAGCCUCACCGAGCUCAACCUGGCCUCCAACCGGCUCCAGAGCCUCCCUGACUCCCUGGCCAACCUCCAGUACCUGCGCCUGCUUCUCCUGCCCAGCAAUCUCCUGGUCUCCAUCCCUCCUGGCCUCGCCCGCCUCCCGCUCCUCACCCGGCUUGACCUGAGAGACAACAGGCUUCGGGCAGUGCCCCGGGAGAUCCAGGAGGCCUCCUUUGUGAGGCUGCAGGGGAACCCUUUGGGAGUGCCUGAGCCGAUCCCUCCAGCGCCCCCAGGGGAAGACCCAGCUCCCGAAGUGCCCAGAGUCCUGCUGGCCUCAGAUGCAGACAGUUUCACAGUGACUUCUCAUGGGUGCUCCGUGGCCCUGGCCUGUGGGGUCCGCAUGCUCUUUCCCCCCGGAGCCACCAUUGCCCCUACCACUGUCCGCUACCAGCAGCUGCCCCCAGAGCCUCACCUCGUCUGGCUGGGCCCCCAUGAUGCCCUCCUCAGUGCUGUCCUGGAGCUACAGCCCCAUGGGACCCCCUUCCAACAGGAGGUACACCUGUGGCUGCCUUUUGUUCCGCCUCGUGCCUGGCAUGGCUGCCAAGUUGUGGUCAGGACCCUGAGCGGCCAUACCUGGAAGGACCUGGAGACACACUUGGAGAAAGAAGAAAAGCCCAAGCGGCUCUGGGCCAGCUGCCGAGUUCCACACUUCUCCUGGUUCCUGGUGGUGUCCCGUCCGGUGGAGGACAGCUGCCUUGUGCCUCGGGAGGGGGCACUUCUCUGUUCCUCAGGUGACCCCGGGGUCAAGGUCAUCUUCCCAGCCGGGGUCACCACUGAGCCUCGGCACGUCCGCAUACAGGUGGUGACGGUGUCAGGCUGGGCUCUGGGUGAAGAUAACGAAGCUGCCGUCAGCCCCCUGCUCUGCCUCUCCCAGGAUAACUCCCACAAUUUCCUCCGGCCAGUCACCAUCCAGCUGCCCCUGCCCCCAGGCAUCACAGGCCUGAGCUUGGACCGUACCCAUCUGUAUCUGCUGCACGGAGAUCCUCAGGGGCUGGCUUGGGAUGAUAUCACAGCCCAGGUGGCUCUGGAGCUCACCCACCUAUAUGCCCGCUUCCAGGUCACACACUUUUCCUGGUACUGGCUCUGGUACACCACCAAGAGCUGCGUGGAGGGCCUGGCUCGCAAGGUCUAUGAUCGUCUGCGCCUAUACCGAGUGAACUUCAUUGCUCUGCAGAGGCGGCGAGACCCCGAGCAAGUGCUGCUGCAGUGCCUGCCUGGAAAGAAGGUGGAGCCCACCCUGAAGAGGCUGAAGCCGAGGUACCGCGGCCCUGAGCCCUCUGACACCGUGGAGCUAUUUGAGGGCGAGCAGUUCUUUGCGGCCUUUGAGCGUGGGAUCGACAUCGAUGCUGAUCGCCCAGACUGUGUGGCAGGAAGGAUAGCCUUUGUCUUCUACUCCCGCCUGAAGAACAUGAAGGAGAUUUAUGUGACAUCCACCGUGGACAGGAAGACACAGGCGGUGAAGGGGCAGGUGUCCUUUUACCGAGGGGCAGUGCCCGAGGCUGUUCCUGAGGAGGCUGUCCGGAGGCGGAAGGGCCCAGAUGCCCUGUGGCUUGCUACACUGCCCAUCAAGCUGCCGAGACUACCCCAGGGAGAAGGGCAGGGUCCCCUGGAUGGGCUGACGCUAGCUUCCCUGAACCUGGGUGAUCCUGAGAGUGGUUUCCUGACCCAGAGCAACCUUCUGACAGUGGCCAGUAGGCUUGGUCCAGACUGGCAAAGUGUGGCCCUGCACCUGGGCCUCUCCUACCCGGAGGUCCAGCGGAUCCAGUAUGCAUACAGGGAUGACCUAGAUGGGCAGGUCCGACACAUGCUAUUAUCCUGGGCUGAACGCCAGGCUGGGCGGCCAGGCAGCAUCCAGCAGCUGCUGGAAGCUCUGGAACAGAGUGAUCGCCAGGAUGUGGUGGAAGAGAUACAGGCCAUCUUGGAGCUGGGCCGGAAUAAGUACCAAGCAUCCAUCCGUCGAGUGGGCCUGGCCUCUGAGGAAGACCCCCCUAGUGCCAUAGCCUAGGGCUCCCAGAGCUGCUUCACUCCACAGAGAUCUUCCAGCAGAGACUGCUAGCCCCCACAUACAUGCCUUGUGGGGAAAGAGCUUCCAACACUGCUCCAAGCCCAUUUCCUCCCCGGUAAUGGGGGCCCAGGGACAAGACAGAGAAAAGCUCCUUUCUGCCAGACUCACUCAGUCCCUGAAUGGACGAAGCAGGACAGAGGGAACCUGUUGGCUGCUAGCAAUGCUGCUUCGUGCUGGUCCAAGAAUGAUUACCCAGUAAACAAACCUGAUCUGGGUUUGGUGGGGAGUGGGAGCUGCCACAAGAGAGACCCUCUGAAAUUACCCUCCUGUCUCUGCACAUUCAUGUAAAAUUUAUGCUAUACAAUCUCAACUGGGCCCUCAUCACUCCUGGGCAGUCUUUUUCCACCCUUAAUUAACUCACAAUCCCAAGAGCUCAUGGCAUCUCUUCCAGAAAAAAAUGAAGGCCAUUUGCUGAGAGCUCCCUCUUCGCUGGUCCUCUUCCUCCUUCUCCUCAUCUCACAUCCCCCAGGUGCCUUUUCACUCCAAGAGCCGACUUCCUGUCCGAUGGCACGUACAACCAUCCCCUUCCAUGGCUUGUCAUUCCACACUCUCACUAAUCUUUGAUUUUUCCCAGUUUUCUGGCUGCUUCCCUCCCACCUACAAACAUGCCCAUAUCUCCCACGUGUGACAGCUUCUUCUCAGUCUCCUUUGGGCUGUUCAUCCAGGUCACACCCAUCAACUGUGGGUGCCCCACAAGGUUCUCGCCUGAUCCUCUUCUCCUCCUUCCAAACCAUGGCCAGCGGGCCAGACUGGCCAGCGUUUUGCCAACCUCUGGGAAUGUAUAGUCUGGACUUGGGAAUCUCCUCAACUCCCCUGGAUUCAAUGAUCCCCUCUGCUAUGACGAUGUUCUCAGAUCAUAGCCUUUCUGUUGACCUCCAGACUUAACAAGUCCAACUGCCUCAUUGGACAUCUCAAACCUGAUGGCCUCUAAACAUCUUCAGUCAGCCAAUGAACAUUAAGUGCCUACUAUGUGCCAGGCACUGUGCUAAGCUCUGGGGAUCAAAGGGAAGCAAGAGCCAGUC